UCUUAACGGUCCUCACUCGCUCGAGCUCUCCUCAGAUACAGCCUCCUGCACAGGAAUCAGCGUCCAGUCGUCCUUCGUCCUUAACUAAGCUACGUGUUCGCGUGUCGUGUUCGUGCUCGAAAAAAACACAAAAUGAAGUACUUUGUUGCCAUCGCUCUGCUGUUUGCCGCCGCCCAGGCCGUUCCCAUCGAGCUGGGCCACUAUGCCCCGGCGUUGGUGCAUCAUGCGCCUGUCCUGACGCACGCAGUCCAUGCCGUCCAUGCCGAGCCGGUGGCCUAUCCCAAGUACUCCUUCAACUAUGGUAUCAAGGAUCCCCAUACCGGCGACAUUAAGUCGCAGGCUGAGGAGCGUGACGGUGAUGUGGUGAAGGGCCAGUACUCCCUGGUUGAGCCCGAUGGCUCCGUGCGCACCGUUGACUACACCGCUGACGAUCACAACGGUUUCAAUGCCGUCGUCCACAAGACCGCCCCCACCAAGAUCAUUGCCCAUGCGCCGGUGGUGCAUGCCCCCGUCCUGGCACACGCCCCCCUGCUGCAUCAUUACUAAGCGAGCAAGCGAGGAGCCUGACACAGUCACCCCUUCUGGUGCUCUCCCUCUUGCUCCCAACCAUCCACCACCACAACAACAACAACAGCAACUUCAUAGGAACCACAAACAGAAAAUGAUGAAAAAACCACAAAAAAAAAAUUAUAAACAAACAACGAGAAUUCUUUUGUAAGUAAGCGUAGCUAAGAGUUUAGGACGGGACCGCCCUUAGGAGGCGGAAACCCGGCACCCGGCUGAUCCUGGCAUGGCAUGGACGAAGGAAAAACGAACGAAAAAGAAAACAGAAACAUAAAGAAAACCAGGAAAUCAUAUUCAAAGCAAAUUCAUAACGACUUGGCAUUCGGAAUGACUUGAUCGCGGAGGACGACCCUGAUGGAUAACGAAGAUUGGAGUUUUAUUAUUGGAGAGACAGAGUUCUUCCCAUAUGAUAUAUGAUAAAUGUUAUAUAUUUCUCUGUAUAUAUAUGUACGUACGAUUAACCAGAACCAAUUUCCCAAGGCAAACUUUUGCACGCCGACGAGAAAUACAAGGAUAAUAGCGAUAAGGAUAAGCUGGAAGGGCUUCUCGCGGAUAGCUUCUCUCCCCUAUCUCUCUCUUUGUACAUACUUUAUUUAUUUUCUCUGUCUUCCACUUUCCGAAGCUCAACUUUUGUAAUAUAUUUAUGUGAUCUGUCUCUAUCUGUUCCUUAACUAUAUCUGCUCUCUAUUUGCUAUUUCCCCUGGAAGCCCCGGGCGGUGUCUGGGCCAAACUGUGUGCGGAGGAUCCCCGAACUGCCACGCCCCGAAGAGAGCUCGUGUUAGGGGCGUGCUAGCUCCCUCAGAGCCAAACUGUGUGCCAUGGCGGGAUCCCCGAUGGUUUGGCAGGCGCUGAACACGCUGUACAUAUCCUGAAAUGGCCGGCCAUUGUGCAUUAGUAGCUAGUACUCUCUGUAGUCCCUGUUAUCCUUCUCGUGUCCUUAUUCCGCCACUUUCCUCAAACUCUCUCACUCACUCAACUGUCUCUCUCUCCGUCUGUCUCUCUCACCGACUCACCGACUCACUCACUCUCAGUCUGACACACCUUUGUAUCUAGUUUCAUUUUUUGCAUUUAGUAUUUUUCACAUUUAUUGUGUAUUUAUAAACAUUAUGCAGCUUAAUUAUAAACGACAAACGAUGAAAAAAUGUACGAAAAAGCCACAAAAAAAUAUAAUUAAUAUCAUUGUACUCAUUUAAGGAGGAUAGACGAAAAGUAAACCACAACUCUCACAUGUCUCUCACGUCUCAAAAGUUCAUUUGAGCCUUACACUUAUGUACUAUAUAUUCCCCAUAAACAUUUGUAUGCAAAAAACAAGAGCAACAACAGCAGCAAACA